CCCUCAUACGGCGUCGUUUCACACACACCACUCUUCAUUCAUCUCCCUUACCCUUUGCAAUUCCCUGUCAUUGAAAAUGAUUGCAGAAGAGUGAACAAGUUUCCCAGUCACAAAAAUUGCCAACUCUCACUUUCUCUCUCCUCAAUUUUCUCACUCAUCAAAUCCAUUUCUCUUCACUCCAAGAUUUGUGCGGCACUGCAAAUUCUCUAAGGGACAUCGUGCAUUUGAGUAAUAUUGCUCUUGUAAUAUAAUCCUGAUUGCAGAAGCCCUUUGAAGGGAGGACAUAACCGAGGUUGUAUUGUGUCGUAAAGAAACUUCCGAUUUUCACAUAUUUCACAAGUCAAAUUGUUCUCCGAUGUCAGAAACUGACAUGGCCGUUAUUAAACCCGAGAUGAUGAAGCCUUAUGUGUGGCUUCAAACUUCCGAUGAAUCAAUCCAACAAGUGGAACAAGAGAUUGCGAUGUUUUGUCCAUUUAUAUGUCAAGAAAUAUUACAAAAAGGCAAUGGAACUUCCAAGAAUUGUGCAGUAUGUCUUCCUCAACAAGUCAGUCCUGCAAUGCUGAGCUUAAUUCUUGAUUACUGUCGAUUUCAUCAAGUACUAGGCCGCUCAAACAAGGAACGGAAGGCUUAUGAUGAGAAAUUCGUUAGGAUAGACACAGAGAAGCUCUGUGAGUUGACAUCUGCUGCAGACAGCCUUCAGUUAAAGCCAUUGGUUGAUCUCACCAGUCGUGCUCUUGCUCGAAUAAUUGAAGGAAGAUCACCGGAGGAGAUACGUGAUAUAUUUCAUUUGCCUGAUGAUCUUACAGAGGUGUCUGGUGCUUGUGAGAACUCUGAAGAGAAGUUGGAGCCCUUGAGAAACAUAACUGAUGAUCCAAGGAUAAGGCUUUUGAACCGCUUGUAUGCCAAGAAGAGGAAAGAGCUUAAAGAGCGUGAGAGGAUAAAGAAUGUUGAAGCUGAAGAAGAGCAUGUAGACGAACGUUCAGUUGAUGACCUUUUGUCUUUUAUUAAUGGAAAUGAUGGAGAUCCGAAGGGGAUUAAAACUUCCAAGAAUAAAAAGAAGAACCGAAGGAAAAAAGACCAACAGAAGAAUUCUUCUUUGAAGGAAUCAUCUGUACCACAUAAGAAGGCGGAGGUAAAUGGUCAUAAUAACAGACAUCAAAGUUCGGAAGCUGAUAGACCGUGUGAGACCUCAAGCUUAUUCCAUACAGACUAUGAUCCUAUGAUUGAGUUUGAUGAUGACGACGACGAUAUAGAUGAUGAUAUAGAUGAUCCGGUAUUAAAAGCAAAAAUUGACAGGGAAGUGGAAGAUUUUGCCCGCAGAUUAAAUUCUGACUGGCCAGAGAGAAUAAAAGACUUUUUGUCAUCCUCACAAGAAAGGAAGACGAUGCUUUUUACUACCAAUGGGAAUGGCUUUCUAGGGCGACAUACUUGACUCUGCUUUCAUAAUGGAAAUGAUUCCACCCCGAAUGGCCAUUGGCUUCAAAAUUUUGAGAGAUGCUGGCAAGCGCAAGCACAAGGAAAUUGUUGCAUGUCAGUUGUUUUCUUUCUUUAUUUUUGUUUUGUUCUAGGGAAAUUUUAAUGAGUAACCUUAGGACGCUUGUUAAGGAUUCAAAAUAAAGUAUCAACAGAAAAAUAAAACUCCUCAAGUUAUUUUAUUUUUUUUGAAAAAAUGGAUAUUGUGAAAUAUUUUAUUUUUCUAUUCUUUAACAAGUGUCCUUGGCAUCUUUUGUUUUGUUUUGUUUUUUGCAGUUCACUUUUACGUGCUUCUUUCUUGUAUAUGGAAUUCUUUUUCCCUCUUUCUACAUUUCAAUUUCUUUGAACAAUAAAUAGGAGUUUCAAUUGUAAUAGUUGAGAUUUUGUCAAAAAAUUGUAAUAGUCGAGUUAUCGUGUGAA